AUGUACAACCUUGUCAACCAGGAGGGAAUCCUCCUGGCCGGCCAGGUUGUACAACCUUGCCCCCGCCAGUCUUCUUGGUCACCUCAGCCUGGGUCGCACUUCUCAGUCUCCAACCACAGCCACCAACCACAUCCUCGGAAUCUGAGAAACAGUCCCACAGAAUGUAUGACAACUAGCAAGCCCAGCCGGUCCUCACUCGGUGCAGGAUUUGCACUCAAACAGGUGCUGAUUGCCAAGGAACAGCCCCAUCAACCGGAGACUGCUGACCAUGGCAGGGAUGGUGUGGACUGGCGGGCCUCUGAGGACUGGACCCCCUUGUUCAGACGCUCGUCCGUGGCUGCUGGGAUCAUCAGCGCCAGACAGCAAAACCCAGCCCAACCGGUGGAUUGUCUGGACCGACUGUUGGCCAAGAUGGAAGGAAGCAAUGGCGAGGCUGUACCACCUUGUCACUGCCAAAAUGAUUGUAUCAGUUUGCUACAUCUGGCAUUAUGUCAGAUAAAAAUCUCUGAUAUUACAUCAGGAAAAACUGGGAUUGUAUCUACCAGAAUUAAUAUUGUAUCUACAUAA